AGCAGUGCUCUGGCCCUGAGGGAAGCUCGCCCUCACACCCCAAGGCACACGCGCCCGGCAUCAGUGAGUACAGUGCCUGCCGGGCGCACGGACUUCGCGGCGUCACUCACGCCUUUUCUCGACUGCUGCAAUCCCCACAAGCGGCGGCCGGCGCUUCGUCCGUCAGUCGCCGGAUCGCCGUCGAAGCGAGCGCCGAAGCCCCCCGAGAAGAGAUCGCCAUGGCUGAACCGAAGGACGUCCUUGUGGCGGUGCUGCAGCUGCUGGUCGGGCUCGUCUACACGGCCUACUGCGUGCUGGAGUCUCUCGUGCUCACCCUCGUGCCCCGCCGCUUCCGCAUGAAGGACAUCACGGGUGACGUCGUGCUCGUGACAGGAGGUGGCUCGGGCAUCGGGCGGCUCAUGUGCCUCAAGUUCGCCAAGAAGGGAGCCAAGAUCGUCACCUGGGAUGUGGAUGAGGCAGGAAACAAAGAGACGAUGCGGCAGGUGGUCGCCUUGGGGGGUACGUGCCGCGCCUACACCGUAGACCUUUGUGACCGCACUCUUAUAUACCAGGUCGCUAACAGAGUCAAAGAGGAAGUAGGCAAGGUGGACAUUUUGGUCAACAACGCAGGAAUCGUCACGGGGAAGCAUUUCAUGGAUUCGCCCGACGACCAUAUCGUUAGAACCUUCCAAGUCAACACAUUCGCUCACUUCUGGACGGUGAAGGCCUUCCUCAACGACAUGUUGGACAGCAACAAGGGACACAUCGUCAACGUUGCAUCCAUGGCGGGCUGGCUCGGCUGCAACAGCCUCGUCGACUACUGCUCCUCCAAGUUCGCUGCCGUCGGCUUCGAUGAGGCGCUGAAGCUGGAGCUCAAGGUGCUGGGCAAGACCGGCGUGAAAACCACAUGUGUGUGCCCCAUCUACAUAAGCACCGGAAUGUUCGAGGGCGUUCAGUCCAGGGUCCUGCCCAUCCUCACCCCGGACUACGUGGCGCAGGAGGCCGUCGACGCCACACUCAUGAACCAGAGGACGUUGAUGCUGCCGCCCUACGUGAGGCUCCUGGCGCUCUGCAGAGUGAUCCUCCCAGACAAAGCCAACUAUUUCCUGGGAAAGAUCGCCGGCGUUACGGUGAUGAUGGACAACUUUGUCGGCAGGAGCAAGAGUCACUAGAGACCUGCGAGAUUUCCUUUCCUUUUCUCCAGAUGAGUCUUCGAACCCAUCACAAGGCGAGCGCGAGCAUUAAGCAGCGGGGAGGAAAGAACGUCACUGCCGGUGCUUGCGAUGUUAUUUUGACAUUCCUUUUCUUCAGUGAUUCUCAACCCUUCGUCUACUAUUUACCCCUUCACCUGGAUCUUCUUUGCCCCCUUAUUUCUAUUUAAAAAAGAACUGGUAUAAAAGGAAUAAAAAAAGAAAGAUACAUUUCCAUUAUUAAGAUUUUCCAUGAAUGAAUUCUGAUGAAAAUAGAGCUGUUAACUCUUUGGUUUUAAAAAGGGUAUUUACAGAUUACCAGAAGCAUUGCCAGUUGAUUUUUAUGUCAACUACCAAUUUAAAAUUACCCCGCAAACAAGAUCGGUCACUGCAAACCAUACUGAUAUAUACGGAUCAAUUGAUUUAGAUAUACUGAUAUAGCCUCUGCUAAGUAUUUAUUUUUUUUUACCCCAGUGGAUAACGUUACCCUUACGCGAGAAUCAUCGCAUUAUACAUACGUCCUUUUGUCAUGAACACAUCAGAACUUUCGAAACUCAAAAUACAACAAUUGUCGGAUCUGAAAGUAUCUUAAUGUCCAACCUAUGGCUCUCAAAUACUCGUAUCUUUCCGUCUGAGAAGCCAUGACCUCGCAUUCAGUAACAUUAAUCGCAACUGACUCUAUAUCCGCCAACUCCGCAGCAAAUGUUUAGAACUCCGAAUCACUCGCUGAAGUCUGAAUUACUCACUGAUACUGCCAGUCACUGUAAAUGUCAAUCCUUUCAUUAGCCUGAAGUAAGUCUUUAAUAAAAGAAUGACACAUU